AUUGUCGGAUAAGGUCACUGAAGGUCAAUUAGGACGAGAGCGGAAAUCUUGAAAAACUGUGAAAAUUCGUCAAAUCAGUGGUUUUCUUCGUCGGCAAUUAAGCUCAAACUCAUUCAACAUGGCAAAGUACAAGAUUGUGAUGGUAAGACAUGGUGAAAGUGAAUGGAACCAGUUGAAUCUCUUCUGUGGGUGGUACAAUGCUGAACUAAGUGACAAGGGUCGUCAAGAAGCACUUGAUGCAGGAAAAGCAAUAAAAGAUGCUGGAUUAAAGUUUGACCUUGCUCAUACUUCAGUCUUGAAACGAGCCAACAUUACACUUGAUUCAAUCUUGCAAGAGUCAGGACAGACGGGAAUUCCAAUCCAAAAAACAUGGCGAUUGAAUGAACGUCACUAUGGAGGCUUGACUGGUAUGAAUAAGUCUGAGACUGCCGAAAAAUAUGGCGAAAAACAAGUUCAAAUCUGGCGACGUUCAUUCGAUACUCCACCACCUCCCAUGGAACCUGAUCACAAAUAUUACAAAAUCAUCGUUGAAGAUUCCAUCUACAAGGAUGGACCAUCUAAAGAAGAGUUCCCUAUGUUUGAGUCUUUGAAAUUGACAAUUCAGCGAACUUUGCCGUAUUGGAAUGACGUCAUUAUUCCUCAAUUGAAGGAAGGCAAAAAGAUCAUUAUUGCUGCUCACGGAAACAGCUUGAGAGGAAUUGUUAAACAUCUUGAUCAAAUGUCUGAUGAAGCGAUCAUGGGCUUGAACUUGCCAACCGGCAUUCCUUUCGUUUACGAACUCGACGAAAACUUUAAACCAGUGGUUUCCAUGCAAUUCUUGGGUGAUCCUGAAACAGUUCGUAAGGCUAUGGAAAGUGUUGCAAACCAAGGAAAAGCCAAACAUCAUUGCAAUCAUGAACAUCCAAAAGCACAUGAGGUGAUUCAUGGUGUUCACUUGGGUGAAGCAGAACAUAUCAUAAAGAAGCGAAGCAUAGACCAACCGCUCAGAAUAUUAAUGUUCUAUGAUGAGUCUGUGUAUAGAUUGGACGAGGAAAAGUUUCAAUUAAUCAACAACACGAUAUUACCAGAGGCAGUUAGUUUUUGGGAAAAGGCUUUGUAUGUUCGUGAAACGAAAGAGACAAUAAGACUGAAUCGAAAAUGCGAAUCAACACAAGUCUUCAUCAAAAAUUCAUUGACACAUUGCAUUGAUCAGUGUAAGCCGAUUACAAUGUGUGGUGAAGUUCAAGUGCCAGAAGAACAUUUAGACGUUUGUCGAGUUUGCAAUGCAACUGGUCAAAAUUGUCGAAGUGAUUCAAAUUCAAAAGUUGGUGCUGGAAUUGUUGGAGCAGAUUUCGUCUUCUAUGUGUCAGCAAGACAAACUGAACGAUGCCACAAAGGCUUAACAGUUGGUUAUGCUGCUCAUUGUCAACAAGAGUCGAGUCUUGAUCGGCCUAUUGCGGGACAUGCAAAUCUUUGUCCCGAUUCAAUAAGCACAAAACCACAAGAGCUUCAAACUCUUCUCAGCACAGUUAAGCAUGAGAUUUUACACGCUUUAGGCUUCUCCGUUAGUUUGUAUGCAUUUUUCCGCGAUGAAAAUGGAGAGCCACGAACACCAAGAAAGCCCGAUACGGGAAAGCCGUUUCUAAAUGAAAAACUCCAAAUACAUCAAUGGAGCAACAAAACUAUCCAAAGAAUUGUUAGAAACAACUGGGCAGUUCGUAAUGGAGUAAUUAAGAAGAAUAUUGACAUGAUGGUAACGCCUCGUGUUGUGGGUGAAGUUAGAAAACAUUUUAAUUGCUCAGAACUAGAAGGUGCUGAGUUGGAAGAUCAAGGUGGAGAAGGGACAGCGCUAACGCAUUGGGAGAAACGUGUUUUUGAAGCGGAAGCUAUGAGUGGCACACAUUCGUCGCGACCGGUUUUUUCUCGAAUAACUCUUGCUUUGAUGGAAGAUACCGGCUGGUACAAGGCGAACUACGAAAUGGCAUCAGAUUUAACAUGGGGGAAAAAUCUCGGGUGUGACUUUGUUAUGAAAAGUUGUAAAUCGUGGAUCACUUCCCAUCACAAUAACGGACGUUCCAUUCAUCCAUUUUGUUCGAAAAUCAAAAGAGAUCCACUACAAACAGAAUGUACUGAUGACAGAAAUUCUGUUGCUUUGUGCAAUUUAGUUAAGCAUGAAUAUCCACUGCCAAAAGAAUAUCAAAACUUUGAUAGUUUGAAUCACGUCCAUGAAGAUUUGGAGUACUAUGGUGGGUCUGUGUCACUUGCUGAUCAUUGUCCGUACAUUCAAGAGUUCACAUGGAGAAGUAAAAACGUUGUUGUGAGAGGAUCACAAUGUAAAUUCGAAGAGAACAAUCCACAUCAUGAGAAGAAUUUCGCACUUGAGAAAUACGGUCGUGAAUCGAAAUGUUUUGAGCAUUCCGAACGAAUGUGGGAGGAAAGAUCGUGUCAACAAACGAGAGAGUGGCAACAUUGGGGUUCUGGUUGUUACACUUAUUCUUGUUCGAAUGGUAGACUUCACAUUCACGUCAGCAAUUACACAUUCGAAUGUUUUCAUCCUGGUCAAGAACUCAACAUAAGAAUUCUCGAGAAUAAUUGGCUCCAUCAUGGUGCCAUAAUCUGUCCAUCAUGUCAUGAACUUUGUGACAAUUUCUUUGCUUCAACAACUGGUGAAACUUGCAAGACACCAGAGGAAGCUCCAUCGAGUUACUUUUAUCCUAAAGACAACUUAAGAUGUCGUGCAAACGUUCUUACGCCAACUAUUUUAAUUCUCGUCGCUUUCACUUUUAUUAGGCUUUAAAUUAUUUUUAUUAUUUGAAAUUCUACUUCAAAUUCAUUCCAUGUGCAAAGAACAAAAAGAAGAUGUAAAUGUGAUAAAUUAUUCUUUAUUGUAUGUUUGUUUUUCAUUAAGAUUCCUUUAUGUACAGUUCAAUUGGUAAAUGUGACGUCUUUUUAUUAUUUUUAUCAUUCAAUUUAUGGUUAAAAGGAUCUCGUUGUGGAAAUUUAUCAAUAAUUAUGCUUUACGAUGUGUGACAGCUUCUUUGUUUAUAAAUGUCUAAAUUUCUGUCUAUCUCUUUGCCUAAUUAUUAAUAAUAAGUUAGAAUAAUUGUAGUAACCAAAUAAUGAAAAAGAAAUAAAAUAUUUAAAUUGAUUCAAGAGUUACCACAGCAUAUGCUUGCAC